AUGGGCGGAUCGUCUGACAGCGAACAAGAGCAUCACCAACAGCCACCGGAUGCUGCGCGGCCUCCCGUGGACGCCACCAAUGGCUACCAGACGCGUCCUCCGCAUGUGUCUCGCGAUUAUAUGAAUGGUGUAUAUUAUCCCAGCUGGCUGGUGUACAAAGACAAGACGCCUGCGACUCUUGACGUUGGCAAUAUCACGCACAUCUUCUAUGCCUUUGUUGGUGUUAAUGAAGAUGGUUCUCUUCGAUGGAUCGAUGAGCACGCCGACUUAGUCAAGGAUGUCGAUGGCGAGAAAGGCGCUCUGCAUGCCCUUGCAAAACUCAAGCGCCAGAAUCCUCAUCUCAAGACUAUUGCUUCCAUAGGAGGAGGCGCCGAUAGCAAACAGUUUUGUACGCUGGCUGCCAGUCACAACGGGCGACAGACGCUUGCGAAGCAAGUCCGCCAUCUUUGCGACCGCUAUAAACUCGAUGGCGUUGAUAUUGAUUGGGAACACCCUAAAAACACGCACGAGGGUCAUGACUAUGUGAAGCUUCUCCAAGAGUGCCGCAAUGCCCUUCCCGAAAAGACUCAUCUUCUCACCACCGCUCUUCCGGUUGGUCAGUACAUUCUCAAGCAUAUCGAUCUCCGAGCAGUGUCUCACCUAGUCAAUUACAUCAACCUCAUGGCGUACGACUUCACCGGCUCCUGGACAAGUGUCUGCGGUAAUCAUGCGCAGCUGCAUUCCCCACGCGGCGGUCUCCAAUCUUCAUAUCCAGAACUCGGCGUGUGCGCGACAGAUGGCGUCGAGUACAUCUUAUCCAAAGGUGUCCCUAGUCGAAAACUUGUCUUUGGCGUUCCCGCUUAUGCAAGAUAUUUCCCCGUCGCCGAGGGACCAGGCUGCUCGACCGAAGGCGCAGGAGAAAUGGACUACUACGAGAUGCCGGAUGAAUGGGUAGACAAUGCCGUGGUUGAAGAAACAUCUGUGGCAGCUUGGUACGUAGAUCAAGAUAGUGAGAAAGGUUACAUCACGUUCGAUGUUCCGAGGACGGUAUAUAUGAAGGCCAAGUAUGUAACUCACAAACAUCUUGGGGGGCUGUUCUACUGGACGGGCACUGGUGACAAGCCUGGAAGGUUGAGCUUGGUGGCUGCGGGGAAGAGAGGGCUUGACGAAUAA